AUGCCGGCUUCGUCAAGCGCAAUACCAUCAUCAGCAGCAACGCUGGCAUCAGCAUCAACAUCGAGCGCCACAACAGCCUUCGCGCAUCAGCAACCUCAGCCUACAACACACUACCGUAUUACGCUGCGUCGAUCCGCCAUUGGUCUACCAGAAAAGACUUCGCGAGUCCUAGAAUCGCUCGGUCUGCGCAAGCGUCUGCAGUCCAUCUACCGUCCGCAACGGCCCGAGAUCGCUGGCAGCAUCCUCAAAGUGAAGGAGUUGCUGCAUGUCGAUAACGUGCGGCGCAUCGAUUUGGCACCUGAAGAUGCGCUACUGCCGGACGAGGAGGCGAGGUGGGUUGAUGCAAAGGGCGAAGUGAUUGACUGGGGAAAAGACUGUCGAAAAGCACCAAGAGGUUUCAAGGUUGUCGGCAGCAGAAUCGACUUAUAA